AACUGUCAAGAUCUUCUCUCUAGCUCCAUGCUUUCGGUCCUUUAAUAGGUUGGCAGAUGACUGCUUGCUUGAAGUGGCCUGUUUUCCACUCUCCUGUAUCUGCUGAUCCUCAGCUAAUAUGUAGUGAUAUUACUUUUACUUGUAAUCGCAGUAUGGUGGCCGCUUUUGGUUCUGGUGCCAUGUUUUCAUUGGUGAGUGGCAUGGGUGGCCCAAACCAGGCAGCAAAUGCUGUUACUUCAGGACUCUUUUUUGCUCUCGUCCAGGGUGGACUAUUUAAGUUUGGGCAGAAGUUCUCCCAACCACCAGAGGAAGAUGUGCACUAUGUUAGAACGAGAAAUAUGUUGACAAGGCUGGGUCUUCAGACUUACGAGAAGAAUUUCAAGAAAGGCCAUUUGACAGACAACACCUUGCCUCUGCUUAACGAUAGUGCUCUUCAAGAUGUGAAAAUUCCUCCUGGACCGAGGCUACUCAUUCUUGACCACAUUAAGAGGGAUCCGGAGCUGAAAGGAACGAGAAAGCGAUAGAUGCAGUUGGUUAGCCGUCGUGAGAAAUAUUUGCCAUUUGAGAUACACUUGUACGAGUGUAAUUUUCCCUCAUCUUUGCUAUAGUCUCUAGUACGUGGGUUAAAUCAAAUUGAUGAUCAUCUUGAGAUGCAAAUGCCGAAUGCAAUUGAUUUCCGAUG